UGUUUAAUCAAGACGGCAGCAAGUAGCGGUUUCUUUAUUGAUAGUGAAAAAGUUUGUGUUGUGGUCCGUCAGAGCCUCUGUGUGUCCGGAUAAACGUGUCUGAAUGGACUUUGUGCUGUUCACCUUUUCUUUCUGGAUGUUUUACCUCUGAUUCAUCUCCCGCUAGACUACAAACACAUUCAAGUUAGCUUAGCAUGCUAGCUGGUUAGCACCGCGGCGCUAGUCAGAGUGACUGAUGGAGAGCAAACUGUGUUUCUGACGGAGUUUGUGUGGAGAAAAAGUUGGUGUCACUGUGUGAAAAAUGUCUAAAGUCCAAACGGUGAGAGUGCUGGUGGAGCAGCGACUGACUGCGGCUGCUGAAGAGAUAUUUGGGCUGUUUGAAAGAACGAUAGCAGAGUACGAGGAGGAACUUUGUCGUUCAAAAGAGAAGAACGAGCGACAACAGAAACUACUGGACGCUGUUUUCAACCCUCAGAUUCACUUACACAGAGCAGACAUUCAGCAGCUGUUGGUGGUUAAAGAGGAGUUUCCCUUCGAGCAGCAGGAGAGGAGCUCCAGUCUGGACCGGGAGGACCCAGAGCCCCAACACAUUAAAGAGGAACAGGAGAGUGACAUCACUCACCUCCCAAAGAUCCACAGAGGGAGUCAUGCAGCAGAGGAAGAGUUCAUAGAAGCAGGAAGUCUGAGCCAACACACGGCGGUCCGAACGGUGCUACAGCCAGAGCCCCCACACAUUAAAGAGGAACAGGAGGAACCUCGGACCAGUCAGGAGGGAGAGCAGCUUCAGGGGCUGGAGGAGGCUGAUAUCACAAAGUUUACAUUCACUCCUGUUCCUGUGAAGAAUGAAGAAGAUGAAGAGAAACCUCAGUCCUCACAGCUUCAUCAAACACAAACUGAACAGAUGGAAACAGAAGCUGGUGGAGAGGACUGUGGAGCACCAGAACCAGACAGGAACUCUGGUCCAGAUCCACAUUUACAACCUGAUACUGACGACGAGCCUGCAGACUCUUUUGAACCUGAGACUGAUGACAGUGCCGAUAGGAAGAAGACCAGAGAACCUCAGUCAGGUUUGAACUGUUUGAAAAAAGAUGACGGCCCUGUCAGAGAUUCCAGAUUUAGAGCUGGUGAGAAACGAUUUAGCUGCUCUGAGUGUGGGAAAAGAUUUAGCUCCCCGUACCAUCUGAGGAGACACAUGGUUUGUCAUACAGUAGAGAAACCAUUCUGCUGCUCAGUUUGUAAGAAAUCUUUUGUCCACAGAGAUAGUUUAAGGGUACACAUGAGACUCCACACAGGAGAGAAACUUUUGAGCUGCUCAGUGUGUGCUAAAUCUUUUCCACGAAGUGAUCAUUUACAGCAACAUAUGAGAUGCCACACAGGAGAGAAACCUUUCAGCUGCUCAGUGUGUGGUAAAACUUUUACACAAAGUGGGCAUUUCCAGCAACAUAUGAAUUUCCACACAGGAGAGAAACCUUUCAGCUGCUCAGUGUGUGGUAAAACUUUUACACAAAGUGGGCAUUUACAGCAACAUAUGAGAGUCCACACAGGAGAGAAACCUUUCAGCUACUCGUUUCAACAAUCUGUGUCAAACAAACUGUUUCCUGCAGAUGUCCAGCAGCUGUCGGUGAGUGAAGAAGAGUUUCUCUCUGAGCAGAAGGAGAGGAGCUGCAGUCUGGACCAGGACCAGGACCAGGAGGACCCAGAGUCCCCACACAUUAAAGAGGAACAAGAGGAACCUUGGACCAGUCAGGAGGGAGAGCAGCUUCAGGGGCUGGAGGAGGCUGAUAUCACCAUGUUCACAUUCACUCCUGUCCCUGUGAAGAGUGAAGAAGAUGAAGAGAAACCUAAGUCUUCAAAGCUUCAUCAAUUACAAACUGAACAGAUGAAAUUAGAAGCUGAUGUAGAGGGCUGUGACGUCCAGCAGCUGUCGGUGAGGAAAGAAGAGUUUCCCUCUGAGCAGAAGGAGAGGAGCUGCAGUCUAGACCAGGACCAGGAGAAGCCAGAGCCCCCACACAUUAAAGAGGAACAGGAGGAACCUUGGACCAGUCAGGAGGGAGAGCAGCUUCAGGCACUCACAUUCACUCCUGUCCCUGUGAAGAGUGAAGAAGAUGAAGAGAAACCUCAGUACUCACAGCUUCAUCAAACACAAACUGAACAGAUUGAAACAGGAGCUGAUGUAGAGGACUGUGGAGGACCAGAACCAGACAGGAACUCUGAUUCUGAUCCAAAUUUACAACCUGAUACCAAGGACGAGCCUGCAGACUCUUCUGAACCUGAGACUGAUGACAGUAGUGAUUGGAACGAGACCAGAGAACCUCAGUCAGGUUUGAACUGUUUGAAAAAAGAUGGCGGUCCUGCCAGAGAUUCCAGAUUUAGCGCUGGUGAGAAACAAUUUAGCUGCUCUGAGUGUGGGAAAGGAUUUGGCUACAAGUACCUUCUGGAGAGACACAUGCUUUCUCAUACAGGAGAGAAACCUUUCAGCUGCUCAGUUUGUAAAAAGUCUUUUACAAGAAGUGGGCAUUUAAAGAAACACAUGAGUCUCCACACAGGAGAGAAACUUUUCAGCUGCUCAGUGUGCGGUAAAGGUUUCAGUGAAAGUUGGGGUCUGAAGACACACGAAAGAGUUCACACAGGAGAGAAACCUUUCAGCUGCUCAGUUUGUAAGAAAACGUUUGCACGGAGUGGAACUUUACAGAAACACAUGAGACACCACACAGGAGAGAAACCUUUCAGCUGCUCAGUUUGUAAGAAAACUUUUGUACAGAGUGGAAAUUUAAAGUCACACAUGAGUCUCCACACAGGAGAGAAACCGUUCAGCUGCUCAGUUUGUAAGAAAACUUUUGCACAGAAGGGAACUUUAAAGAAACACAUGAGUCUCCACACAGGAGAGAAACUAUUCAGCUGCUCAGUUUGUCAUAAAUCUUUUACACAAAGUGGGCAAAUAAAGAGACACAUGAGACUCCACACAGGAGAGAAACCUUUCAGCUGCUCAGUUUGUCAGAAAACUUUUACACAAAGUGGAAAUUUAAAGUCACACAUGAGAAUCCACACAGGAGAGUAACCUUUCAUCUGCUCAGUUUGUGGUAAAGGUUUCCGUGGAAGUUGGCAUCAAAAGUCACACAAAAGAAUUCACACAGGAUAGGAACCUUUCAGAUGCCAUAUAUGUAGCAAAAGAUUUGCCUGGAUUUCACAUGUCAAAAAACAUAAAUGUUUCUUCUGCUCGUCCUCAAAGAUUCAGCAAACUGAGGAGAACAAAGAGGCAGAGCCUCCUGCCAGCAGCCCACAUGAAGAGAUGCAAACCUCUUUUAAACUUUUUAAAGGAGUCCAGAAAGAUUUUCAAGUGUUUUUCAAAUGCUACAAAGCUUGUAGUAACUUUUAUAAAUAUUUAUUCUGUGUGUAUGAAAUUUACUGACAAUCACAAUAUAAUUAAACAAUACUUUCUUUUCCAUUAUAUAAUAUUAAUUUCCUUUUUUUUUAUUUUUUUAUAAAUAUUUAUCCUACGAUUUUGUAACCCAUUUUAUUCAUCACCCAGUUUUUUCCUAUCGUGAUCCUGGGCUCCCUCGUCCCUGUCGGUCUGGGGAGAGCCCUGAACUGGCCACAUGCUUCCUCCGAGACAUGCGGAGUUAGCAGACCGCUUCUUGUCACCUGACGGGGAGAUUCCCCGGUAGGACGUAGCGCGUGGGGAGGAUCACGUUAUUCCCACCGGUUCCUCUCCCCCCAUCAGGCACCCCGACCGACCAGACACAUGACACAUAAGGGGAUCCUCGGGUGACACGGGGGAGAACAUGCAAACUCCACACAGAAAGGCCCUUUUGCCGACACCGACCAGCGAUACGGACUCCGGAGACAUGGAGGUGGGGACACGCCUCCAACGCCCACAGCGCCCUGGCGGGAAUCGAACCCAGGACCUUCUAGCUGUGAGGCGAGAUCGCUACCAACUUUUCCCUUUUUGUUUAUUUCUUUUUGUUUUACAAAACUAACGUUCACAAACUGAUAUUUUAACUCAAAAUUUGAUUGUAGAAGUGUAACAAUUCAAACUCUAUUUCUUUUUAGCAUAAAACAAAAUAAAAACAUUCUUGGUUUACGAAAGUUGUCCCUGCUUCAGUUUGUGGUACGAGGAUAGGCAUGCUAUGUUUUAAUUUAGGCCAGAAAUCCCGAAACCAGCUAUCUCUGUUAUGUGAGACCAGAGUCUUCUACUACAAAGCUGGAUUUGAGGGUUAGCAAUGUAACCUGGGGUUUCACCCUGGUUAUCAGUAUCUCCAAGGUAGUUCUCUUCUAACCUGGCUAGGUCACCAUGGUAACUCAUGCUGCGGAGCUAACCUGGUCCGGACCAGGAUUUGUUCUGAGCUUCGGCUUGAAAUUAGCUAGAAAGCCUCUUACUACUUUUAAAACAGUGUCUCACGCUAGUCAACAGUCAAACUAUGAUCCAUACAGAUUAUCAGCGGUGAGAAUUAGAUGUAAAUUGAUAUAAAUAAUGUGUUGAGUCGUAACAUUGUAUUAAUGUCACCAAACGGAGCUGUGCCGUUACAGUAGAGGUACUGUAUGUAUCGUUGUAGCUGUAGUUACAGUACAGUUACUAUAUGUAUUGUUGUAGUUACAGUUAUAGUAGUGACUGUAUGUAUCAUUGUGGCUACAGUUACAGUAGAGAUACUCUUUGUGAAGUUGCAGUUACAGUUAAAGUGGAGUUACUGUAUGUAUCAUUGUUGCAGUUACAGUAGAAUUACUGUAUGUAUUGUAGUUACAUUUACAGUAGUUACUGUAUGUAUCGUUGUAGCUACAGU